UCCGACGCCGCGGACCAGAGAGCGCCAGUGUUCCAGGCGCCGCCGCCUUCUGCACGCGUCGUUGCCUCGCCGGCGCCGCCUCAUCGCCGCAGCGGUCAGCGCUCCGCCGCAGCUGCGCUUCCUUGGAUUCUCUUCCGUCGGAGAGCCAAGUCUCCAACUCUUCCAAGCUGCUCUCGUGCUGAACCUCGCUCCUGGUUUUACCUCUGGGACUGACAUCAAAUCUGCUGACUAGCAACAGAUUACCACAACACUCAGCGGGAAGAGCUCAUUUAAGAGCGAGGCACUGCAGAAGACAUGCACAGCCCAGGUGACAGGACGGGGCUGGAGAGGCGGAAAGAGUCGAGUGCGGCGCCCCUGGCGGGCAGUGGCUGCACUACACCCGACGAGCCGCCGCUCCUGGACGACCCUUAUCCCUUCGCCCUCGUACUACGGCUUCGUGUCCUCCAGAUCGUGUGCGGCAUUUCCGCGAUGGUGAUGGGUACGGUGACGUUCAUCGAGGAGCGGGGCGCUCUCAACCUUGGACUCGGUAUCCCCGCAGGAGCGGCCACCGUAGCCGCUGCAGCGGCCAGCAUCCACUCGAGCCGCGGCUUCGGCGGCUACCGCCCUCGCGGCCCGUCCCGCUGCCGCCGCUGCCUGGGGCCCAGCACGCCGGCCGCCGCGCUCUGGGGUUGCGCAUGCGCGCUGCACGCCGCGCUGCUCGUGCAGGCCGCCCGCACCGCCGUCUCCGCCAACAGCGCCACCGAAGACACCGACCUCACGGUGCUCGCAGCGGUGCUGCUGUGCCUGGCCGCCGGCACGCUGAGCGCCGAGUGCGCGCUGCUGCGAGUUGACUGGCGCUACGACCCCGACUGACCCCUGGAGGCGCUGGCGCCGCCGCCGCCAGUGUCCGUGAGCGUCGUGGCGCUGGAGGUCCCCGGCGCGGGAGGGCCUGGAUCCGUGGCGCCAGUCGGCACCUCCAAGGUGGCCUGGGCCGUCUGACACCGGGGCGAGGGACAGCCCCUCCUGCCCGCGCAGUGCGGGCGCUACGGCUGAGAAACUCUGCCAUCGGCGGCGCCACAGUGCAUUCUACUACUGCCCCACAUUUUCCGCCGUACCUUCUCUCUCUCUCUCUGAUGGCGAACGACUCUCUCUGCGCACCGUGUUCAGCAAUCAGGACAGCAUCAGUGUGCUAACACAAAUGACUUCCCGCUCCAACUUCUAGUGGAAAAUCUGUGAAUUUUAAUGCAACCGAGUGGAGAUAAAACCUAACGGCGACAAGAUUAAGGGUGGCUGGAACCCUAGAUAUAAACCAAGUGUCUUUCAUAAAUGCGUUGCGGAAAAUUGCGGAAUCUGAAGUCUUGUUGAAGUAUCAAACCUCUAUGUACAACAAUAGGUCCAAAAGCAUUGCCCAGUAUACUGUAGCACUAGUGAAAAUGUGUGUGAAAGUCCUAGUCGAUUAAUCCUUUCGAAACGUGUAUUAGCUAACGGUCAUUUUUAUCCACUGCAUUGCGGCUACAUUUCUUUCCACGCCAUGAGUGCACGUUCGUUGGCAUUUUGAGAGCGGUAAUUCGAAAACAUCUUUUCCCCGUAUCAUCGACAUUCAUAGAAACCCGAUUGAACUAGGCCAGAAGCGUAUGGGAAUUGUGGUUUCACAGAUUGCAUAAGUCCUUUUGUGCUGAGCGGGUAUCUAACAUUUUUGGGGGUGUAGGUUGAAGUCUCUUAAGUCUGGCCUAAGAUAAUCUGCAGCCAUCGUAUGGAUUAACACUUUUGUGCUUUGGUAAAGAUUCUUCCAUCACCACGAAAGUACGGUUCGGGGUGAUUCAAAAAGAUAGGAUAGAUUUCAACUGUUUAUUACAGAAGACACUGAAACGUAGAAACACAUUGCGUACCUCACUGGGUAGAGAAAUGUUGAAAGUCUUAUGAUGGCACAGACAUUAUGCCAUAUACGCCACAAGGGUACCGUAAGUUGCUCGAGAAACAUCAAAACGUUAGUCCAUUACAUUCCAAUAGAACCCUGUUUAUUUAAUUGACAGCUUCAAGAAUUCAAUUUCUCAGCUCUUGAAGAGUAGCUGCCACAGGUGGGACAAAUACUCUGCCUUUUACGUACACCCACAGAAAAUUUACAAGAAUGAGGGCCGGUGACUUUAGAGCCCAAAAGCAAUGAACAACACCUUGUUGUCGAUUUCUUGCAGUCCAACGUUGUGGGAUGGUGUUAUUAAGAUAACUCCGCACCUCAAGCUAAAAGUGAGGUGGGGCAGCACCAUGCAUAAAAACGAGAUCAUUGAAAUCUGUGUGAAACUGGGGAAACAACAAAUUUUGCAGCAUGUCCAGGUAUUCCUGUCACUGUUUCCUCCGCUAGAAAGAAAGUUUCGUAAGCUUUGUGAACAGAAACUACACAAAACACGUUACGGUUUGAAGUAUCGCAUGUUCGACGACGACCCAGGAUUUCGUGAUAUCCCUAAUUCUUACAUUAUGGCGGUUUACUUUACUCGAUGGAUGAAACUUCGAUUCGUUCGAAAACACGAAUCGUUCGGAAUAAGUGUCCUCUGCCAUAAACUUGAGGACUGAAAUGAAAAAUUUGUAAUUUCUGUCAUGGACGCCAUUUCUGCAGCAACUGCUACUUGUAAGGCUUCAUGUGCAGGCUUCGUUUCGGAACACGCCACACCGUUGUUUGAGGAAGUUGAAGUUCCUGACCUCCCCGUCUUGUGGGCUUUUGAGGCCUUCGAGUGAACGCACACGUUAGACAUUUUCAACAGCAAUGAGUCACCGACAAGUGCUCUUCCCUUUGCAUGCCAGUCAUAACUCUGCCUUUGCAGAGUCGGCUUCUUGUUGAACCGACGGCGGCAUGCACGUGGCAUUUGAACAGUGGCUUCACUUCGCACAAAUUUCAGCAAACGAUGUAAUUUAACUUUUGAAAUAGUCGCCUUUCCGCUACAAACAAACAACAGCACACCUGUUUCAAAACUUGCUCUACGCAAUGACAUGCACUAUGUGUUUCUUUCUUUUACUGUUUAUCUAUAACAAACGGAAAUGUCUCCUUUCUUCUUCAGUGAGUCAGUAUAUUAAUCGUCUAUAGUUACAAAAAAAUUUCACCAGCGAUCUGCUGUGUGACGUGGAACAUAGCUACUCUUUUCGAGGAAGAGAAACUAACUGUGGUAUCCAAUUAGGGCUAAGAAGAAACUGUCAAGUAUGGUCACAUGGUGAUAAUUCCUGAAAGCCGGGGCUAAUAUUCUAGUGUGACAUUGCGUAUCUGGAGUACGAAAGGUGGUAGGGGUGAAUAAGGGUCGGACUUCGGAGUAUUUAAAUUUGCCAUUAACCUAGCCUUCACCUCUGAAUUCUAGAAAUUGCUGACACGCGACUCGCCGAAGUGAUGUCCAGCCGAAGAACUAACACUGGGUCGUUGAUCAAUACGGAAUUAUUAUCAUCGCAUGAAAGCUUUUAGGACCAUUACUAAGAAAUCCUUAAAUAAGAACUUUAAGUAACGGCUUCUUCAUUUGCAGUGUAUUGCGCUAUGGAGCAUAGUUUUUCUGUGAACUCGUCGAUUAACAUCAAGGCGGACUAUUUUUAUUUUCCAUUAUCGUUUGUCUCAGGGCGAGGAGUCUGUCGUUUGGAAGGAAUUCAUUAAAGGUUGACGGGUUUUAUGAAAAUGACUGCAGCGGUGUACUGUUCAAUGGAAUGUCUCUGGUACUGAAUGAAGCAAUCAGUACAUCGAAUGCAGCGUCGUAAGAGACAGUUUCUGUUCCAUAUGAUGUUUCGGCAGACUGGCAACAGUUUACUGUAUGUAUAUGAAACUGAAUUCUUCCGGUUAGUAUGUGAAUAUGGUCGCCGUGGUACGGUCUCAAGUUAAUCGACCACGAUGGAAAAUUUACAGAAAUAUCAAAAGUAUAUUUGAUGCAGUGAAUAUCCAAUACUUAGAACUAGAAAACAUAAUCUCCCUAGUUCUUAUCACUCAUACGUGAAAGUGGCUCUUCUAUUACUAUUUUCCUAACCUUUGUACAAGACAAUAUCAUAUAAAUGACAGAGAGAUUUUACUGUUUCACUGAAAAUGAUCUUGAAGACACAUAACGUUAAUGGCUGUCUGUACGAGAGAGCGUUAUUUGAAGAGAAAUUACUGUCAAAUGUGAAGUGAAGCAAUAUGUGUGACAGUUGAUUGGACUGAACGAACAGUACAAUAACCUAAUAAGUGGAAGUGUGUGUUAUAUUUUUAGUUCUUUCUAAAGAACUAAUACAGUGACUAAUAGUUGACGGGAAUUUUGAACUAAUUGUUAUGAUAAAAAAGAUCUAUGUGUACAUAUAUAUAUAUAUUUAUGAAGUGGACGUAAACAUUUGAUCUUCUUCACUUGUACUGUAUGGAAACUCUAUAAGCUGUAAUUCUGCUGUAAUAUAUAGAGAAGAGGACACUCUAGAAAGUGGCUCUUCUACUACUAUUUUCCUAACCUUUGUACAAGACAAUACCAUAUAAAUGACAGA